CAGCAGGGCGGAAGCUCCGGAGCUAAGGCAGAGCCCAGUGACUGACGGGCCGGUGGGGACCCCCGCCGAGGUGGCAGUGGGGGUGCCAUGGCUGGGGUCGCGUGCUUGGGAAAAGCUGCGGAUGCAGAUGAAUGGUGCGACAGCGGACUGGGCUCUCUGGGUCCCGACGCAGCGGCUCCCGGAGGACCAGGGCUGGGUGCGGAGCUGAGCCCCGGGCUGUCGUGGGCGCCCCUCGUCUUUGGCUACGUCACUGAGGAUGGGGACACGGCAUUGCACUUGGCCGUGAUCCAUCAGCAUGAGCCCUUCCUGGAUUUCCUUCUAGGCUUCUCCGCGGGUACUGAGUAUGUAGAUCUGCAGAACGACCUGGGCCAGACCGCCCUGCAUCUGGCAGCCAUCCUCGGGGAGGUGUCCACCGUGGAGAAGUUGUACGCAGCGGGUGCCAGCUUGCUGGUGGCAGAGCGUGGGGGCCACACAGCACUGCACCUGGCCUGCCGUGUGCGGGCACACGCCUGCGCAUGCGCGCUGCUUCAGCCCCGCCCCCAGUGCCACACCCCUGACCCCAGCCCCGCCCCCGAGGCCGAGUACCCCGAACCCUCGCGAGAGAAGGAAGAAGAGCUGAGAGAGGAGGACUGGAAAUUACAGCUAGAGGCUGAAAACUACGAGGGCCACACCCCACUCCACGUGGCCAUCGUCCACAAAGAUGCAGAGAUGGUCCGGCUGCUCUGGCGCGCUGGAGCUGACCUCAAUAAGCCGGAGCCCACAUGUGGCCGGAGCCCCCUACACUUGGCCGUGGAGGCCCAAGCUGCCGAUGUACUGGAACUUCUUUUGAGGGCAGGGGCCGACCCCACUGCUCGAAUGUAUGGGGGCCGCACCCCACUGGGGAGUGCCCUGCUCCGACCCAAUACCAGCCUCGCUCACCUGCUCCGUGCUCAUGGAGCCCCCGAGCCCGAGGAUGAGGACGACAAGCCUGGCUCCAGCAGCGGCAGUGACGACAGUGACAGUGACAGCAAAGAUGAAGGCGAUGAAUAUGACGACAUUGUGGUUCACAGAGGCCAGAUGCCAAACCCAUCACCUCCCACCCCAGCACCCAAACCUCUUCCUGAGGACCCUGACCCCGCCUGAUUUCCAUGUUGAUAGAAUUUCUGAUUUAAUAAAGUCUUAGUUCUGAC